AAAGCUGACGUUUCCUUUUUGACAUUUGAAAAUGGCAGAUGCUGAGUUGACAACCGCAUUGAAGGACAUUCAUAUCAAGGUCCAAACCGCUAGUUUAAAAGAAAGGAAAGAAGUUAUUGAAAAUGUUAUCAAAGUUUUGAAAAGACCCGAUGUGAAUGAAAAUAUUAUUAAGGGCAUUUCAAGAGUUUUACUUUUAACAUUACCAAGAUACAGGGAUAGUUUUUCACAGCAGCUUGUAAAAAGUCUUGUAGCCGCACUCGUCGAAGAAUAUCCUGAAACAGCAACAAAAUGUCUCAUAAGUGUUUUAGGAGAUAUUGCUACACAACACAAAAAUAUGGUUAUCACAAACAAUUCAAGCAAAACAGCUUUAUCAGCUUUGGACUGGUCAACAAUAGUCUUUUCAAAAGGAUGGAAAAACACAUCUGCUACAAUAAAAGCACAGUUUGUUCAAAUAGUUGAAUUACAGUCAUAUUUGAUUACAGCAAUUUUGGGAGCUACUAACAUGAAAAGAAAGUUAAAAGCCAUUAUCAUGCUGAAUAGAUCUUGGUCUGGUAUUCCUGACAGUGAAAAAAUGUAUCUUGAUAUUAUAAAAAGUAUUGAACAAAAUCAAUACAUAUUAGUAUUAUCGUCAGUUCUGAUAGAAAGGUUGUCAAAAAAUAAAAGUGAAUUCAUUAUUUCGUAUCUGGACCCAUUAAUAGAGUCCUUUAUCAAAAACUUCAUUAGCUGCAAAACUAGGCCAUCACCAAAUAUAAUAAUAGCAUGUUAUCCGCUAUUAUCACAAAUAAAAGAGGAACACUUUGUAAAAUCUAUACUUCCAGCUUUACAAAAAGCCAUGUUGAGAAAUCCUGAAGUGAUCUUAGAAUGUAUUGGAUUGGUUAUAUCUGGAGUCAAUUUGGACCUCAGCAAAUGUGCUUGUGAUAUUGGAAAUAGUCUAAUAGCUAAUUUACAUUCCAAAGAUGAUAAUGCAAGAGCGGAAGCAGUAGAUGCUUGCAAACGACUUGCAGAAAAGAUCAAAAAUCCCAAAGCAAUAGAAGAUCUUUUGAAAAAAACUUUCUCAGUUUUCCAUGGUUCUGAUGGAAAGCUCACUGUUGUAGACCACAAAAUUAGUGUUUUACAAGGUGCUGGUAAUUUUAGUUACAAUGAUGUAGCUCCAGAUCAUAUGGUAGGAUUGAUAACAGUUGCUGCUGAGUGCUUUGGAAAAGUUUUGGAAAUUGAAGUACAUGAGAAAACUUUGAGUCAUACUUUAGAUAUGUUAUCUUUAUGGACUGUUAGAUUAGGACAUGAAGUGCCAAAAAAAAUUUUAGAUAUUCUGAAGAAUGGAAUGGGUCUCAAAACAUCUACAUCCUUGGUGAAAAUAUCUUAUAUUCAAUGUAUGAUAGCAACAUUUAGUCUCAAAACUAUCCACCAAGCUUCUGUUUUCAUUCCAAUUCUUUCUAAAUCUGUUGAAAAGGCAGUUUCCCAAGCCACAGUAGCAGUAUCAGUGACGGAGGGAUUGUGUGCAGCUUUAAUGCUCUUAAAAUUUUCCAGUGUUCAAAGAGAAAAAGAUAACGAUUUCCAAAACGUCUGGAAUGCUGUGUUAGAUAAUGAGAAACUAACUUUUUUUUCAGAAAAAUAUUUAACAACUACCACAGAUGAGAGUCUCCCAUAUGUUAUGCAACUCUGUGAAGUCUUACUUGUGCAAUACCCGGAGAGAUUGAAGAGACCAGAAUCAAUUCACAGGGCAAUUUUAUAUUGUAUAGCCAUAACAUCUGGAAAUACAAGAAGAAAAUGUUUAGUUAUAUUAAAAAGAAUUGUUGGCAGUUUGAGUGGAGUUACAAUUUCGAGAUCACUAUUUAGAGAACUGUACAAAUUUUUAGAUAUCAAUAAAGUAGUGAGUAGAAAGGAAUCAGAUAAUAACAAGGAAAAUGAAAACCAUCAUUGUAUAACUUCACAUUCUGUUAUAGAAUGUAUAACAACUUUAUGUUCACUUUCUGGUCUUACCGAUGACGAGGUUCAAUUACUAGCAGUAGAUUCUUUACUUGCAACUCAUCAUCCUUCAGUAUAUAAUGUUAUACCUAACUUAUGGAUUAAAAUAAUCAAACAUUUUAAAGGUAAACCAAAAGAUUUGAUCACUCAAAAAGCUUCUGAAUUUACAAAAAACUUGAUAAAAGAAUACAUAAAUACGCCAACCAACGAAAAUGCUUUAGCCACUCUAGUCUCAGCUAAUGCGGAAGUAUUAGCUCCAGAAAUCAUCAGAAAAGUAAUAUCUUGCUUGGAAGAUCCUAGAAUAUGUCAAAUAUCCAAAGACGAUUAUUUUACUUUCCUAACUCCAGAGGGCGAACUAUAUGAUAAGAGUGUCAUCCCCGGUAACGAUAGUAAUGCAGAAAUAAAUUUAAAAAGGGAAAGUAAAGUUUAUAGCUAUAAAGAGCAAUUAGAAGAACUUCAACUCAGAAGAGAACUGGAAGAAAAGAAGAAGAAAGAAGGUAAAAUAAAACCUCCACAGUACACUCCCAAGCAACUAGAAGCUAUAAAGAACCAAAAGCUAAAAGAACAAGCCAUCAGAAAUAGAUUAACAGAGUUAAACACAGUAAUUUUGGAAUCUGUUUCCAUGAUAAAAGCAGCGGCUAGGGGUAAUCCUUUACAUUUAUCACUUCAUUUUAAAGAUCUUCUUCCCUCUUUAUUUCAAGUCUUGCAGUCACCCCUAGCCGCACCAUAUAUCUGCAAGCUGUUCACAAAUCUGAGAAAAACUGUGUUUUCUCAAGAUUUGGAUACUUUGGGGGAACUUGUGGCUAAUCUAACUCUGAGAUUAGCCAAACCGCAAUGUGAUUUGGACGCCAAUUGGGAAUCUGAAAAUAUUCACAAAGCAAUGGUUAGGGCUGUAGCACUUAUACAUGAUAAAACUGUUUCUAAAAAAAUGUGUUUCACAGUUCCAGCAUUUUGUUACAUUUUCCCCUUUCUUAAGUACAGUUUAACAUCAAAUUAUGCCAAAAAUCAUGAUGAAUUAAUUCAUGAUGGUCUUCAAAUUAUAGCAGAACAUGCUAAAUUGCGUGGCUCUGAAAACAAUGGUACUAAAGAUGCAUACCAUCCACAGUACUUGCCAACAAAACAAAUAUUAGGGCUUCUUGUGGAGAUUUUAAACUCUACUCAAGGCAGAGUUCAGUCUCAAUGUGAAGCUUGCCUUCUAGAAGUCGCAGCUUGUAUUAGUGGUAAAGAAGGUUGUGCUAAAGCUACAAAUGAUGAAAUUGAUGUUUUUCUCAGUGCCUUACAAAGCCCAGCUUCUGUGGUAAGAGAUGCUGCUUUGAGAGGUCUUACAAUAGAUAUUUUGUCUCUUCCUGCAUUUGAAAGUGACUACAAUUACGCCUUAAAAGUGUUUAAAAGAAUUUGGAUAGCAAGAUUUGAUGAAAAUGAUGAAAACAGAGUGUUGGCUGAUCAAUUGUGGAAACAAGGAAACAUGGAUUUCCCUGUAGUAUUAAGUGAAGAAUUAUUGAGUGAUAUAGAACAUCCAGUAGAAUGUAUGCAAUCUGCUGCUGCUAAAUCUCUUGCAGCGCUUUUGGAGACAGACCAAACACAAGUUGAAGAAACAUUGAAGCAUCUGAUUAAACUAUAUGAGGAUAGAUUAAAGAUGAUACCGGCUAAAGUAGAUGAGUUUGGCAGGGAAAUUGAAAAAGCUGUUGAUACUUGGUUCCCUCGAAGAGGAGUUGCACUUGCCCUGGCAGAACUAUCUCAUUUAUUUACAGAUGAAUUGAUAGCUGAUUUAAUACAAUUUUUCGUAUUUAAAUCUUUAGGAGACAGAAAUGAAUUUGUUAGAAAAGAAAUGUUAAAUGCUGCCUUAAGAGUUGUGGAUCUUCACGGUAAAGAAACAGUAGGUACACUUUGGCCAGUAUUUGAUAAUUUUAUGGGAAAAUCUUCCAAAUCCGCAACAUAUGAUUCCGUAAAACAAGCUGUUGUCAUUUUAAUGGGUUCAUUAGCUAGACAUUUAGACAAAGAUGACCCAAGAAUCAAACCAAUUGUUUUGCGCUUGAUACAAGCUUUAUCUACACCAUCUCAAACUGUACAAGAAGCUGUUUCAAAUUGCCUACCACCUUUAAUACCAUCUGUUAAAGACGACGCUCCGGGAUAUGUUAAUAAACUUCUUCACCAACUACUUAAAGGUGAUAAAUAUGGAGAAAGGAAAGGUGCUGCAUAUGGAUUGGCGGGGCUUGUCAAAGGAAUGGGAAUAUUGGCAUUGAAACAACAUGAUAUUAUGACUAAAUUGACUGAUGCUAUUCAAGAUAAGAAAAAUUACAAACACAGAGAAGGUGCCCUAUUCGCUUUUGAGAUGUUGUUCCAGAUGUUGGGAAAGUUAUUUGAACCAUACAUUGUUCAUGUAUUGCCGCAUUUGCUACAGUGCUUUGGAGAUACAAGUCAAUAUGUCCGUACAGCUGCCGACGACACUGCUAAAGUAGUAAUGAGUAAGCUAUCAGGACACGGUGUAAAACUUGUACUACCUUCCUUAUUGGCAGCAUUAGAAGAAGAUUCAUGGAGAACAAAAACAGGUUCAGUAGAACUACUAGGUGCCAUGGCAUAUUGCGCACCAAAACAGCUUUCAUCAUGUUUACCUAGUAUUGUACCUAAAUUAAUAGAAGUUCUUAGUGAUUCUCAUAUGAAAGUACAAGAAGCUGGCGCAGCGGCUCUAAAAGUAAUCGGAUCGGUAAUCAGAAAUCCAGAAAUUCAAGCCAUAGUUCCUGUUCUUCUAAAAGCUUUACAGGAUCCUUCUAAUAAAACUUCUGUUUGUUUGCAAACUCUUUUAGAUACGCAAUUUGUUCACUUUAUAGACGCUCCGUCAUUAGCUCUAAUAAUGCCGGUUGUUCAAAGGGCUUUUAUAGACAGAUCUACAGAAACUCGUAAAAUGGCCGCUCAAAUAAUAGGAAACAUGUACUCGUUAACUGAUCAAAAGGACCUUAUGCCGUAUUUACCUACUAUUAUACCAGGUCUAAAGACAUCAUUAUUAGAUCCGGUACCAGAAGUACGUUCAGUGAGUGCAAGAGCUUUAGGUGCCAUGGUUAGAGGAAUGGGAGAGUCGAGCUUCGAAGAUCUAUUACCAUGGUUGAUGACAACAUUGACCUCGGAAACUAGUUCGGUAGACCGAUCUGGAGCUGCGCAAGGUCUUUCUGAAGUCGUUGGAGGUUUGGGUGUAGAAAAACUUCACAAACUAAUGCCAGAAAUUAUUAGUACUGCUGAGCGUACUGAUAUAGCUCCCCAUGUCAAAGAUGGUUACAUUAUGAUGUUCAUCUAUAUGCCUGUAGUGUUCACAUCUGAAUUUACACCCUACAUUGGACAAAUUAUCAAUCCCAUAUUAAAGGCUCUAGCAGAUGAAAAUGAGUAUGUUAGAGAUACUGCACUUAAAGCGGGUCAAAGGAUUGUUACUCUUUAUGCUGAUUCGGCAAUUUUGUUGUUAUUACCAGAGUUGGAGAGAGGAUUGUUCGAUGAAAAUUGGAGGAUUAGAUACAGCUCUGUACAACUUUUGGGAGAUUUGUUAUAUAGAAUAUCAGGUGUGACCGGUAAAAUGAGUACCGAAACUGCAAGUGAAGACGACAACUUUGGUACUGAGCAGUCUCAUAUGGCUAUCAUUAAAUCACUUGGAGCUGAAAGACGAAAUAGAGUACUUGCUGGAUUAUAUAUGGGUCGUUCUGACGUGGCACUCAUGGUAAGACAAGCUGCUCUACAUGUUUGGAAGGUUGUUGUUACAAAUACUCCAAGAACCUUAAGAGAAAUUCUACCCACCUUAUUCGGACUUCUACUUGGUUGUUUAGCAAGUGACAGUUAUGAUAAACGUCAAGUAGCUGCAAGAACUCUUGGUGAUUUAGUUCGUAAAUUAGGAGAAAGGGUUCUUCCUGAAAUUAUUCCAAUUUUAGAGCGAGGUUUGCAGUCGCCCCAAGCAGACCAAAGACAAGGUGUUUGCAUCGGUUUAUCUGAAAUAAUGGCAUCAACUUCCAAAGAAAUGGUGCUUACAUUUGUCAAUUCUUUAGUACCAACUGUUCGAAAAGCAUUAUGUGAUCCAUUGCCCGAAGUUAGACAAGCAGCUGCCAAGACAUUUGAUAGUUUACAUUUUACAGUAGGCUCCAGGGCAUUAGAUGACAUUCUACCUACUUUGCUUAAUCAGCUGAAUCAUGAAGACCCCGAAGUUGUUGAAUGGACUUUGGAUGGUUUAAGACAAGUUAUGGCUAUCAAAUCUCGUGUGGUAUUACCUUACCUAGUACCUCAAUUGACUGCACCACCAGCUAACACCAAAGCACUGUCAAUUCUUGCCUCCGUAGCUGGUGAAGCUUUGAACAAAUAUCUUCCAAAAAUACUUCCAGCCCUUCAAAUUACGCUUGCAGCAUCUCGAGGCACUCCAGAAGAAGCACAGCAACUGGAAUAUUGCCAAGCAGUUGUUCUUUCCGUUGUUGAUGAUGUUGGAAUUCGAACUGUAAUUGAUACUCUAUUAGAAAAUACAAGAAACGAAAACGCCGAUCAAAGAAGAGCAGCGGCAACUUUACUCUGCGGUUUUUGUGCAAACUCCAAAGCUCAAUAUAUUUCAUAUAUACCACAAUUACUUAGAGGACUAAUUCAUCUGGGUAUUGAUUCUGAUAAAGAAGUUUUACAGAUGUCUUGGGAAGCUCUAAACGCCGUGACUAAGACUCUAGAACCCAAACAACAAGCUACCUAUGUUUCUGACGUACGCCAAGCCGUUCGUUAUGCUAUGUCCGACUUAAAAGGCACGUCUGAUUUACUACCAGGUUUCUGUAUAACAAAAGGGAUUGCUCCUAUACUGCCAAUUUUCCGAGAAGCUAUUCUUAAUGGAGACGGCGACGAAAAAGAGGCAGCUGCACACGGUUUGGAUGAAGUUAUUAAAGUUACUAGUGCCCAAGCACUACAACCUAGUGUAGUGGCUAUUACAGGACCUCUUAUAAGGAUUUUGGGUGAUAGAUUCAGUGCUAAUGUUAAGACCGCUGUUUUAGAAGCAUUAGCGACAUUGUUGGCAAAGGUUGGCAUCAUGUUGAAACAAUUUUUACCGCAAUUGCAAACUACAUUUGUAAAAGCACUAAACGAUCCAAAUAGAGCUGUGAGGCUCAAAUCGGCGGCUGCUUUAAGUCAAUUGAUAAUCAUACAUCAAAGAGCUGAUCCUCUAUUUACUGAGUUGCAUAAUACUAUCAAAAAUACAGAAGACCUUUCUAUCAGGGAAACUACAUUACACGCUUUGAGAGGUAUAAUAACACCAGCAGGAGACAAAAUGUCUGAACCAGUAAAAAAACAAGUACGCGUAACUCUGGUUUCUUUCUUAGGAGUUCCAGAUGAUUCAGUAAGAAAAUGUGCUGCAGGAUGCUUAGGCGCUAUUUGCAAAUAUUUAUCACCUGAUCAAUUGGACACUACACUUUCAGAACAUAUUUUAUGUGAUGACAGUAGUGCUAGUAAUACCUUAAAAGAAGGUAGAGGAUCGGCACUUUCCGUGGCUCUCAAAGAAACACCACAGAGUCUUUGGGAUGAACAAUAUAGAGUUAAAUUAAUUCAAACCCUAUUAAGUCAAUUAUCUUCCCAAUCUGUAGUAAUCACUCAAAUUGCAAUUAGAUCUUGUGGGUAUCUUCUCCAAUAUCUCUUGAUAAAUGAACAACCCAUACCCACUAAUUUGAUUGUGCCAUUUGUUAGAACUAUGAAUAAUAAUAGUAAUGAAGUAAAACAGUUGUUAGCGAGAGUGUCGUUCCACUUUGCCAAAACAAUUCCACAAGAUAAAAUGUCUCCUGACUUAUUAAAGUUGUUAUUACCGACAUUGGUCAAUGGUACUAAAGAAAAAAACAUCUAUGUCAAAGCUAAUUCUGAGAUUGCUUUGAUAGCUUUAUUGAGGUUGAGAGAAGGAGACGUCAUGUUUCAGAAAUGUUUGGGAAUCCUGGAUGCUGGAGCCAGGGAAUCGUUAUCCGACGUCGUAAGUAAGGUAUUGAAGAAAAUUUUAUCACAACCAGAAAGUAAAGAAGAAGAAUUAGAUGAUACUCUAUUAACCUGAUCAAUAGAAUGUAUAAGUAUUAGUUGGACGAACUUUCUUUUUUGUAAUCAUAUAACAACAUUUAUUUUUAAGACUUACACUGUAAUAUGUUUUGUUUGGUUAAUAUUUGUUAACAGUGGUGUAAGAAUAAAUAAAAAGUGUACAUCAA